GCUCUAUAUUAAGAAUGUAUAUUUUCCUAAUUCUAUUGUUUAUCUGGAAUGUCGCUAAAGCAGAUGAAUGCCAAUGGCAAGAACUUGACGACAAGUGUCUAAAAUAUUGCUGGAUUACUUUUAAACCUGCGCUGUUUAAUUUAAUUUCAACGGAGAAGCAACUUGAAGAAUUCAAGACUCUGCAACUAAAUACUAAUAAUCUAUUAACUACGAAUUUGGCUUUGACUAAAUCGCUGGAAAAUCAACUAGGAUUAAAGGAAACGCAAGUUAAGCAAGUGGAACAAAAUGUUGAGGCUUGUGCAUCACGUGUUAGGACAACUGAAGAAUCUUUACAAGAGCAGCGAAAUAUGACGGAAAAAUGCCAAAAUGAAAAAAUCCAACUAUCGGAAGAACUGGCAUCAACAAAAUCUUUGCAGAAUCAACUAGUAGCCCGCUCAAGUCUGGAAAAUGUGGAAUCCAAAUUGCAGAACAUGGAAAACCAACUUAGACAGGUGGAAGGAACAGUUGAAACUUGCAGGGCGAGUAUAAAAUCAACUGAAGAAACAUUAAUGAAGCAGCGAACUUUAAAAGAAGAAUGCCAAAAUGAACGAAGAAAAUUUAAGAAAAUUGGUCAAAAAUAUUAUCAUAUUGAGAAUAAUGAAAAGCUUUCUUGGUUCAGCGCCCUACAAAGAUGUGCCGAGUGGGGUGGACAUCUAGUUCAUUUAAAAAGUGAUGAAGAAUGGAACCUUGUCAAAGAAAAACUAGAAAUGGGAUAUCGCUAUUGGGUAGAUUUGAACGAUUUGCAGACAGAUAAUACAUUUAUGUCAGCCACAACUGGUGAAGAGGCAAAGUUUGUCAAAUGGCACAGUGGAGAACCAGGCCCUGACAAUAAUGAGCAUUGUGUGGAACUUGGACGUUUCGAUGGAUUUGAUAUGAACGAUUUUUAUUGCUUCGAAAAAAAGAAUUUUAUCUGCGAGUCGAGCAAUGAACGUGUAUUUAAUUAUAAUUAAUUAUAGUCAUUGAAUACGAUGUAUAAAAAUACAAA